AUGCCGCAAAAUAAGCAUCACCAGAAUGAUAUUUCGUACAUUACGCAACCAACUCGCAACAUUUUGCUCGCGCUCGGCGCUUGGCCGUUCGUCAGUAAAGGAAGAUCCGUAUAUCCAAAAGCACACAAUCUUUUACCAAUCUGUAUAUCCUACAUUUUCCUCUCUAGCGACAUUAUACCUGGUGUCCUUUACUGGUUGAUGGCAGAAACGGCGCGCGUUCGACUGCAGACGAUCCCUCUUCUCCUCUACGACUUCAUGUCUGUCAGUCAAUAUGGCAUUUUCAUAUUUCGCUAUGAUAAACUCAGGCGAUGUUUGCAACAUGUCGAGGAGGAUUGGAAAAACGUUCUCAGCGCAGACGCACGGAAUAUUAUGCUGAAAUCUGCGAGAACGGGCAAACGCUUGGUCACGAUUUGUGCAAUCUUCAUGUAUAGCGGCGCCUUUACCUUCCGAACAAUUUUGCCGUUGUUCCAGGGAAAGAUCGUCAUCGAUCAGAACAUCACGAUAAGACAUUUAGCCUGUCCGGGUUACUUCUUUUCCCUCGACGUACAAGUCAGCCCUGUUUACGAGACGGUCUUUGUAAUCCAGUGUCUAACAGGAUUCAUUGCAGUUUCGAUCGUGACAUGUGCAUGCGGUCUUACCGCAAUUUUUGUAGUACAUGCUUGCGGCCAAUUGAAAAUUUUAAUCGGCUUGAUGAGAGAACUUGUGCAAAAACAAUGGCAAGAAGAACGUGAAAUGGAUAUGAAGCUAGCUGAGAUAGUCGAACAUCAAACAAGAGUGCGCAAAGAAAUGUCGCAAAAUAAGCAUCAUCAAAGCGAUAUUUUGUACAUUACGCAACCAACUCGUAACAUUCUGCUCGCACUUGGCGCUUGGCCCUCCAUCAAUAAAGGAGAAUCCGUACACUCGAAGGUUCACAAUCUCUUGCUAAUCUUUAUGUCCUACACUCUCCUCUUUUGCGACCUUAUACCCGGUAUCCUUUAUUGGUUGAUGAAGGCAACAACGCGCGUUCGACUGCAAAUGAUCCCUCUUCUUCUUUACGAUUUUAUGUCCGUUACUCAAUACGGCAUCUUCAUAUCUCGCUAUGAUCAACUCAAGCGAUGCUUGAAGCACGUCGAGGAGGAUUGGGAGAAUAUUCUCAGCGUGGACGCACGAAACAUUAUGUUGAAAUCUGCGAGGACUGGGAAACGUCUAGUUACGAUCUGCGCAUUUUUCAUGUACAGCGGCGUCAUUACCUUCCGAGGAAUUUUACCGUUGUUCCAGGGAAAGAUCGUCAUUGAUCAAAAUGUCACAAUAAGACGCUUUGCCUGUCCGGGUUAUUACUUUUCCUUUGACGUACAAGUCAGCCCCGUUUAUGAAACGGUCUUUAUAAUCCAAUUUCUAACAGGAUUUAUUACAGUUUCGAUCGUGACAUGUGCAUGUGGCCUUACAGCAAUUUUUGUAGUACAUGCUUGCGGUCAAUUAAAAAUUUUAAUCAGUUUGAUGACAGGACUUGUACAGAAAGAAUGGCAAGAAGAAUGUGAAAUGGAUAUGAAGCUAGCUGAGAUAGUCGAACAUCAAACAAGAGUGCGCAAAUUGAAACUUAUUUCAUCUGUAAUGUUCACGAUACUGGCCGUCCUCAAGUACAGCAGUUUAGUGCUUAGUAAGAAUCAAGUAAGAAAUUGUCUAGCGCGAAUGAAGGACGAUUGGCGAAAUGUCACAAGUACCAGUGCUCGUACUUCCAUGAUUCAUAAAGCAAUGACUGCAAGACGUUUGCUCAUUCUGUGCGGCAUAUUCAUGUAUAUAUCCGGCUUAUAUUUUCGUACAAUCGUGCCGUUAAGCAAGGGAAAAACUAUCAUCAAUCAGAACAUCACAAUCAGGCAUUUGCCAUGCCCAAGUUAUUUUGUUCUAUUUAACGGGCAAAUCAGUCCAGCGUACGAAAUUAUGUUCUUUAUACAGUUCUUCUCCGGAUUCAUCAAGUAUACCAUCACGGUGGUGAUUUGCAGCCUCGCCGCUCUUUUCAUUAUGCAUACAUGUGGACAGCUUGAGAUACUGAUGACGUUAAUAAAUAGCCUGAUAAACGAAACAGAAGAAAAGAAUUUGGAUAAAAAGCUGGCCUUCACCGUGGAACAUCAGAUAAAGAUGCGAAAUUUCUUACGAUUGGUACAAAGCACUUUGCAAUAUACGAGCUUGUUAGAAGUGAUGGGAUGUACGAUAAUUGUAUGUCUUCUAGGACACGAUGUCAUCACGCAAUGGGAAAGUAAUGAUGCAGUAUCUAUAUUAAUAGAUACUAUGCUUUUUUUAACAUUUAUUUUUAAUAUCUUCCUACUAUGUUUCAUCGUUGAUCUUCUCUCGGAUCAGAGCACGAAGAUGUACAUCACUUUUUGUACUUUCGACUAGUAUCGAAUUCCACAUAAAACUGCCCGUGGUCUCAUUUUGAUAAUCUCGAUGUCUAGCAUUCCCAGUAAAAUCACUGCGGGAAAGUUUAUGGAUCUAUCUUUAAAUAGUUUCGGAGCUAUUAUGCGAUCAUCCGUGGCAUAUUUGAAUAUAUUACGCACAACCAAUAUUUAA